UCAUUAUUAACAGAAUUGCGCAUCUACCUUCUAUUAGAUUGUGGAAUCAGCUGAACUUCUGAAACUCUUAACAAUAUUUUAUGUUUACUUUGUUUAGUGAAAAAUGUCUUUUCUUAAAGAAAAUCAUAGUGUACUGGUGGUCCUAGAUAGCGAAAUUUCCAAUAAUGACAUAAUAGACUUUAUCAGUGGAAUUAAAAAACAUCUUAGCAAUGCCGAACAGCUGACAACUAUAUCAACGAAAGAGCUGCAAAAAUGUAUUAAUUCUUCCUAUGAUGCAAUUAUCUCCAUCUUUAAACAAUCAUGUCCGAAUCUUAAAAUGCUUUUAGAAGAAUCUUUGCGAAUGUUGAAACCUGGAGCAACAUUGAUUAUUUAUGAGUCACUCCAAGAAAAAGAAAAUGCACAUUCUCUUUACGAUGAAAGGAUAUCCAACUUAAAAUUAAUUGGUUUUAAAGUAAAAGUACAAGAAAGUUUAGAUACAAAACAAUUAAAAGAUCUUCUACUUAAUAUAUAUAAUAGUACAGAUAAUAUUUGUGAAGUAGUAGCAGAAAAACGUUCAUUUGAAAUUGGUUCUAGUGUAACACUUAAUUUUGGUGAAAAAAAAUCUAAUGUAUGGAAACUAGAUAGUGCUGUUGAUGAAGAAUUAAUUGAUGAAGAUAAUCUUUUAGAUGAAAGUGACAUUGUCAAACCUGUAACUAAUUUGAGAGUAUGUAGCACAACAGGUAAACGAAAAGCAUGCAAAGAUUGUUCUUGUGGAUUAGCUGAAGAAUUAAGUGGGAAAACUGCACCUGAAGGAACUGCAAAAUCUUCAUGUGGAAAUUGCUAUCUUGGUGAUGCAUUUCGAUGUGCUAGUUGUCCGUAUCUUGGUAUGCCUGCAUUUAAACCUGGUGAAAAAGUAGUUUUAUUUGAAAGUCAGUUAAAAGCAGACUAGUGAAAUAUUUGUGAGUUACACACAUAUUCUAUUUUUAUGUUAAUUUUUUGCAUGUAAUUAUCAUAAUAAUAAUUCUUAAUAUUGUUAAUCCUUGUUUUCCACUUUAACAUUUCUAUUCAAAAUACAGGAGUUUUUUCCUUACUUAUCUUUUCUACAACUGGAAAAAUAGUGUAGUAUACAUAUAGAAACUUAAAAGGAUGUAGUAUAAAAGUUAUGCAAUAAAAAUAUAAAACAUA